CAACAAACUUGAAUUGUCCCUUAUCACAAACAAGUGAUCAGCAGUACACCUUUAACAAAAAAAAAAGCCUCCGACUGCUGUCAAAAAAGCUUACAAGAAACUGAAAUGGUACGUUAAACUCAAACAUCGCCUGCAGUUUUUAUGCUCAGGCUGCUGAAAAGAAAUGCUUGUCUUACCAGCCGUGACUCAGAAAAAUAGAAAUGAAAAUAUAAUUUGUCUUGUUCGUUAUAAAGAUGAACUUAAUCAUUAGGCACGUGAGCUUACGAUGCGCCGACCUUGUCGAAUUACAUGUUGUGGGUUGAUGAUACGUUGUUCUGACGCACCUUUGUACUAUAAACGUCAGAACUGUGAAAGUUGUGCUGUGAAAAAGCUGUGUUAGUCCUGGUUUCUGUCGAAAUCUCAGUAUAUUAAUGAUGUUGUUGACAAUUUUGGCAGUUGUAGCCAUAAUAAUCAUUUUACCUUUGUCGAUUCGCUAUUAUAUGAAAGGAGCCACCUGUACCAGCCCUGUUAAACUGGAAGGUAAAACAGUUAUUAUUACUGGAGGUAACUGUGGAAUCGGAUUCGAAACAGCCCGUAAUUUAUUACUACGAGGGGCCCGAGUGAUCCUCGCAUGUCGGGACUUAAAUAAGGCGAAAUCGGCUGCGGAACAAUUAAGCGAAUUAGGUUCAGGUGUUGUACUUGUUGAAAAACUUGAUCUCUCAAGCUUCGAUUCCAUUCGAACAUUCUGCAAGAAUAUUAAGCAACAUAUCACCUCUUUGGAUAUCCUUAUAAACAAUGCGGGUGUUUAUUUCCACCCGUAUGCUGAGACAGAAGAUGGCCUGGAAAUGCAUAUGGGCGUCAAUUAUUUUGGUCCCUUCCUUUUGACACAUCUUCUACUGGAGUUAUUAAAGAAGUCUGAUUCACCCCGCGUCGUUUUUGUCGGGAGUGUUAUUUACAAAUGCGGGAAAAUCGAUUUUGACAACAUGAAUAAACCGGAGUUUUUCCAUCAACACGGUGCCUACUGUGACAGUAAGUUAGCCUGUGCUUUAUUUUGCCGUGAAUUUAGCAAUCGAAUGUCAGACACUAAUAUCAACAUAUAUUAUGUUCACCCGGGAAUAGUAAACACAAAUAUAAGUCGGAACAUUUUGAAUUCAUUUCCUCUGAUACAAAAGGUCUCUGCUUUCAAAUCACUUUUCAAGAAUUGCCAAGAAGGUUGUCAAACUGUUGUAUAUUGUUCUGUUAGUGAAGAGACGAAAGACCAAUCUGGUUGCUACUACAGUGAAUGCCAGAGAGACGAAUGGGCAAAUCAAGCUCUGGAUAAACAACUUGCUAUAAAGUUGUGGAACUUCAGCGAAAAAGUUACGGGAUUAAUCGAAUGAAAAUUUUAUCAAUUGU